AGAGUCAAAUUGCUUUGACUGUCAGGCCUGCCAGGAAACGAGACAUCUCAUCUGGCUCUGUCACCAAUAAUAUAAUUAGCUUAGGCUGCCUUGCAACCACAGCUGUUUAGCUGCACUACAGACUCACUUCAUUUUGCUGUGGCCACAAGGUUAUGAGUCACACCCAUACUGAAGAUUUCUCUUGGAUAUACAGAACUUAUACCCGAGAUUCACAGGAGGCGGGUAUCUCAUGGAGCACCCAGAUGACACUGUUAAUCGGUAGCAGGAAUUUGGAGAGACUUUUGCACAAGAAAUCAUUACAGGCCUAAUAUUUCUGACCUUCAAUUUUUAUUUUACGCUGAAACAUUUUGGAAACUGUCUGCAGAGUCGAAUCCAUAAGUUUUAUUAGCGAUGAUAUUUGUGCAUCAGUAGCAUCGUGCCACAAAGUGUCGUCGCACGUCCUUUCGAAGUUGUACACGUUUGGGAGGAAUUUGUGGUGCGGGCAAAGGUGGGACGGUACUGCCUCGUGAGUACAGAGCGUGCGCACUCCUGUCUCCAUAUCACUGACACUUCAAUUAAUUCUACGGCUCCACGAGACAGACAUGCAUUACGGCACACGCACGAGCAGCAAAGAAAAGCUCCGAACAUGCACGCCGAUAACCAUCAAAUGACACCAGACACGUGUUGUCAUAUUUAGCUGGUCUGGAUCCAAAAUUAAUUCCGAGCUUAAGCUUUGUCGUGCACCGGAGUGACUUGUUAACAAGCGCAGCUCACAGCCUGUUUGUGUUUGCACCCUGCAGUCAGUUGCUGGGGACGCACGUUGUAAAAUGAGGUUGGGAAGCAUCAUUUUAUUCGUCGCUCUCUGCUCUUUUACCGCUUAUUACAUUUAUGAGCCCAUUCCUGAGGAGAUAGAAGAAAGAUGGAAACUCAUGCUGACCAACUCUUUCUUCAGAAGUCUCAGCCACCUGGCAGACCUCAGUGAAUUAUUGGGGUUGAAGGACUACAUGGGGGUAAUGUACUUCAUUACUGUGGUUGAAAAGGUAGUGCCUGUGUCUGACGAGCAUGUCCAGGUGACAGAGGAGAGGUUUGAUGGAGUGGAGGUGGUGCUUUACCAGCCAAAGCAGCGGGGCAGUGACUCUGAACUCAGGAGAGCUGUCAUAUACCUACACGGUGGAGGAUGGUGUCUGGGUAGUUCCCGUAUGAGUCCAUAUGAUCUCCUGGCCAGAAAAACUGUCACUGAGCUAGAUGCAGUUGUUCUUUCUGUGGAGUAUCGCCUCGCCCCUGCUCACCACUUCCCUGUCCCAUAUGAAGAUGUAUACCGUGUGGUCAAACAUUUCCUCCAGAAGGGGGUGCUGGCCCAGUACUCAGUGGAUCCAGGACGCAUUGCUGUGUCAGGGGAUAGUGCUGGGGGUAACCUGGCAGCUGCAGUUUCUCAACAGUUAAGAAAAGAACAUGGACAGCAAAUUCAGUUGAAGGCCCAAGCACUCAUCUACCCAGUGUUACAGGCUCUGGACCUUAACACUCCUUCAUAUCAGCAGAAUCAGGACAUGCCCAUCCUGCCCCGCACCCUUAUGGUGCGUUUCUGGAGUGAGUACUUCACCAGCGACAAGGCCCUCUUCAGAGCCAUGAUGGCUAACACUCACAACAACCCUGAGUCUUCCAGUCUGCUGAAGUUUGUCAACUGGAGCGCCUUUCUGCCAGAGACAUAUCAUAGAGAAUACAACUACAGUGCUCCUGCUGUGGUGCAAGGAGUUGGAGGGGAGGCAGUUGGGAUGGAAGGACCAUCUCGAUCCUUUGCUGACCCGAGGGCAUCACCUCUCCUGGUUCCAGACGCAGCCUUACGCUCCCUCCCCAAGGCCUACAUUAUGACAUGUGAGUAUGAUGUUCUCCGAGAUGAUGGCAUCAUGUAUGUCACUCGGCUUCGUGCUGCUGGUGUUGAGGUGACACAUGAACACUAUGACACCGGAUUUCAUGGAGCACUGAUGUUCACUGUGUGGCCAACUGACUUCCUGAUUGCACGUCGUAUGACAGACAACUACAUCAAAUGGCUCAAGGAGAACUUGUAAACUCUUGACUAUCAAUAUUCAUUCCAGCUUUUCCACACAAUGCACCAGUGUUUGAUUAGGUGCAAUUUUUCCCCAUCUGGUGUUCUUUUUUGUUGUUUAUUUCUUUCUCUUUGGUCAUGCUAUUUUUCUGUAAAUAUUUUGAGAAAUAUAAUAACUUCAUUCAUUUUCUCACUUGUACAUUUUGCCACAUUAGAUACCAGAACAGGUGACCGGAUAGUUCAGAUUUGUUCACAUAUGGUUGUUUGAAUACAACACAAUGCAUUUGAUAUUAUCACUUGUGUACAAUAGUUGCAUUGUAUUUAUUGUCUAACAAAGACAAUACUACCCUGAGAGAUCUGAGGGGAAAAAUCAAACCCCAUACAGGGUUUUAAGUCUAAAAUUAUAUUCACUUCGGCCAUAAUUAACAUUUAUCACAGAGUGCAGCUGAUACUGAAACCAGAGAUUGUUUUGAUGUGUUUGCAAAAACCAGUGUGUAAUAGUUACAGACAUUGCAUCAAAGACUGGCCAAUGUUAUUCUGUUAAAUACAGCAACACUGUAUGGGUGCUGGUAUGUACUAGUAUGGGAAAAGAUUUAAACUGCAGAGUGAAUGGCAUCUUCAUUACCACAAUAUCGUCUUGUAUUUAGUCUUAUUUCCACCUACAUUCAGAAGUAUAAGAAAAAUGUGUUUGCUUGUUUGCUUUGUAACGGUGUCACAUCAGGGCUACACACAAAGAAAUUUCAUCAGCCACAUUUCACACAGGAUAUUGGUAUUUUGAAGUAAAGACUAUGUUGUAACAAUAUGCAUACCUCCAAACAGUAUUCACACCAUGUGUACACACAUCUCUGUGCUUGAGCUUAGCUGAAUGUGAUGUAGCAAUAUGGCAAAGGACGGAUUAAUGUCCAAGAGGGAAUUUGGGCAACAUUUUGAUCUUUACAGCACAUCACAACUCUCUUGAGUUCCCUAUAAUAAGACUUGUGUGUGUGUGUUUGUGUGUGUGUUUGUGUGUGUGCUUAUGUACUACCACAUGGGAUGGCUAUCUAAAAGAUAACAGAGAGGUAAAGGUUACCAAAAAACAAUUCUUUAUAUGGUCUUUCAGAGUUUUGCUUUCUCUUGUUUUUUUUCCUUCUUUUUUUAACCAGUUCCUCACUUUUCUCUCAUUUUUACAAAGAAAAUGCACACAUAAAGUAUGUUACUUUUCAAACAAAUGACAGCUCUUUUGUUUAUGCACUGCUACAUUCUCAGUUGUAAAUAUCACUCUUUCUAUUUUUGUUUUGGAUUCCCUCUUGGAGAAACUAUUAUUUGCAUCAUUUUUAAUUUUAAUAUUAUCUGACAAUAAAUGGACUUGACCUUUCA